AGUAGUUGACUAGUUGUGCGUGGAACGCCACUGAAGCCAUAACUCAAAGUUAAAAGUGAAUGAAAGAGCGCUUUGGACUUCAGUGUCGGAGCAACUGGUCCAUUGCGAUUAACCAAUCGUUUAUUAUCAUUUUGUUGUUCGAUUGAUGUAAUAAUCUCUAUGAGUUUAAAUACGAAUUUCUGGUGGCGAUUCAACGAACGGGAUUUUUUCAUCAACUAAAACCGUCGAGCGGCGCCUGCAAGUGAUAACUACCGCAGGCCCCAGGGAGACCACAAAAAAUCUGUAAUCGAUGGGUUGAGAACGCCGAACGUCGUUGUACCACUGAUUCAAUUCAUGUAAAAAAAAUUAUUUUUGACCGCGAGUGUUUAUGCCACAGAGAAGUAAGAAUUUAUCAAUCACGUAGCUCACAGAUGAGCCAAAAUGCUGAAGGUAGUUGGAGCCUCCUGGCUGCAGACCCGUAUCUCCACCUACAUUUUGGUUGCCGUUGCCCUCAUGGGAAUCGGCGCCAUUGUGCUUGGUGAAUUUGGAAGGGUUGACAAUGAUGGAACAUACGCGGCGGUAGUGACCUGGAACCCCAAGACGGGGUAUAAAAUCGACUUCUGGGGUCAAGGCAAUGACCUUGAGACACUACCGAGACGAACAGCAAGGGGGUACUACAGGACAAGGAUUCAGGAGACGGGCUGGUCAUUCGUGGAAAUUGAAACAUCACCGAAUUAUCCAGACGCGGUACAGGCUUACGCUGCUGGCCUCCUCGAGGGCAGUCUCACCUGGCAACUCAUACAUCACCAUUGGCACAAUACCAUUGAGGCACCGUGUGUUGGGAGGGAGGAGGUCUGUGAUAAGAUCAGGAAAGGGCUGAAGGAGAAUGCUGACGCGACCAGAGAUAGGGCUAAUGCAUUGGCUGCUGAGGAUCCCUUCUGGCAUAUGGUUCAAUUAUUCUACGCUCAAUUGGAGGGUCUGGAGCAAGGCUGGAGGCAAGCUGUGAAACGCAGCAAGAAUUCGGCUGAGCUCGCUCAGGAGGACUUUUUGUGGCUUGCCAUGGCCUCAGACAUCUCCAACUUUGGCUCUGAGGAUCAUCCAACGUCGGAGAGAAAUUUCAACGUCGAGGCGGGGGGAAUUCUCGUGAAAUCCGUACCAACGGAGGACGGGAAUCUCCGGGGGUUGAUUGGCAUCAUCCAUAGCACUGCUGCACCCUACCAAAAAAUGUUGAGACUGAUGAAAAAAUAUACGUUCGGUUAUCACCUGAAUUCAGCUAAAAAUUCGGCUCGCGUGCCAACUCGUUCUAUCGUAGCAUCGUCAUACCCAGGAGCACUAUCAUCACAAGACGAGUAUUAUCUUCUUCACGGGGAGAAAACCGAGGAUACGAUGAUCAUCGCAGGAACACCACUGGCGCCCUUCAAACCUGACAGCAAGGAGACCGAGGGGGAAAUCAUAGUCUCCGAAAAACAAGAAUCUCACACAGUGAUGUCGUCAGCCAGAAUAAUGUCCUCAAACUGGCUCUCCUCCUCGGCCCUCUCCUGGGGCCGCUACCUGGCGCGUCGUCGGGCCCCCGAGGACAUCUCCAGACCCGUCCAGUGGAUCAUCACCACCCCCAGAGACACCUCCAUCUGGAUAAUCGAGCAGCAUCCGUCCGAAACUCACGCAAUCGAUUACACGAAAAUUUUUACCAACACCAAGUCAUUAUUCUGCAACGGGAAAUCCGUUUUCGAGCACAAAAAGUCCAUUCCGUCAUCUCCAGGGGUCUCUCCGAGUCCUCUGGAGCCUUCGACACCUUCAGAAGGGCCUGAACAUCUCCGAGGAGCCGAGGAAAUUGAGAAAACAGGGGGAGAAAUUGGGGAAACCAACGAAAUUGGGGGGAUUAAAAAAGAUAUUUCAGUCUCUCAAAGAGUCAAUUCCACUUUGAACUCGAAAUUAAUCAAAGAAACACCUGGGGCAGAAUGGAUUAUGGGUUAUAGGGGUGACCUUGAGAAGGUGGCAGUUCCAUUCGGCAACAUUGAUACUAAAUUGGUGCUGAUUGGGUCCGAGGGGAUUGAGACGUUCCAGGCCACUUCCGGCCCAUUUUCCGGACGGUUUGGGAAGGCCUUCGAGUGGGGGAGGGACUUCCCCGGAGUCACGCAUGUUGGACAGCCUGAGAAGUUCCAUUUUCAACCGGUUACGCCAUCUUGGGCUUGGGUUUAGGUGCAUUCUGUUAAUUUUGGGGGUUUUAUUGAUUCUUUUGAUUCUUAUUUUUGGAAGGGAGAUCUUGAAGAGCUCUGAAAUUUUUUAAAUUGUUUUACGACGAUAUUUUGUGGAAGUUUGAUUUGUUUUUUUUAUUGUAAUGAUGAUGACAAGUCAGUGAGCUACGUGUAGAUUUUUUGUGUUCUCUUUGGCGGUAAAUAAAGAGGUCAAAAGUAA